CACUUACCUCGAGUGGUGUUUGACUGUGCAGUGCUUUCUGCUGCCUGCCCAGUACAAUAGGGACUAAUGGUGACAGCAUGCUUGGCGCUCUGGUCUAUACUGUGUGGCUGUACUCUGGUGCAGCAGUUUGAGGACAUGAACCAUAGCGUACUGCCCUGCUUGUUCUUCUUCUUCUUCCACAUCGCUCUCUGUUUGGGAGUAUCUAUGCUGUGCUUACUUAUCCAAUGAAGGCAAUUUGCCUUCGCAAUUAUAGUCAGUAAAUUGCAGAUAAUAUAAAUUUCCCCUUAUCGGGAUGAUAAUUUUUUUGCCCUAAUAUAUAUUGCGAAUCCCUAGGCAGUUGUUUCUGCCAAGGGACUCUGCCUAGGGAUUCUCCAAACCUGAAGGGAUUUCUCUGAGAUCUUCACUUCACCACAUAGAAUGUAAGCAGACAAAACAUGUGCCCCUUCCAGCUCUCCUUUAAGAUCAUAAUAUGGAUGUUAUCCUCCUUUCAGAUGACCUGGGAUAACCAGCCAACAGACUCAACCCCUGCUAUCGUUUUUUUUCCGUUUACCAUAGCUCUAUGUUAAGCCACAGUGUGUCAAGCCACGGUUUGGUUCUAGAGAGACUGAUACAGUUGCAGACUGAUACCACAGAUGAUGGCAGUUGAACAUGUUCCUGCGUGGGCCUUGGCCCUGACUCAUGUGGUGAACUUUGAAGAUCUUGUAGGAAGACGCCAAACACUGAAACGAGACAAAUGCGUGGUCUGUGACAUCACAUUGUUUUGAAUAGUUUACUCGGGCCUAUCUAUGCGUACUUUGUAUCCCAGGCACGCUCCAUUUGAUGCUAUCAGCCUCUGAAUGAUAUUUUGUUCAUUAGACGGUGUGCAAUAAGAAACCAGUGUUGACACAACAUGAGUUAAUGUGUUUAGUGUCUCUAAUGGAUCGUAGAGGUCCUAAUGAAACAUUGUCAUGGGAAGAUUUAUGUUGCAAGCUGCUGAGUCCUCAUUUCCAUUUUAUAUGCGGUUAGAAGUACCUUUAUUCAAUGAACAAAACAUAAUAGACGGCAUCAAAUGAAUAUAGAUAUUUGGUGUGUAAAACAGGUAUAAAUAAAUAAAACAGUCACAUUGUUAAUAUGAAAUUCUUGCCCUGUGCAGGCGUUCUGUGGUUCUGUGGCAAAGAUACAGUGCUGCUGUGCUUGUAUUAAUAUCAAACAACUGUGGAGAAUGUGAAAUGUAAAAUAUCCAAAUUCCAAAUAUUGGUGGUUUAAAACAAACAAAAAAAAUUCCUUUAAUUUUGAGAUUUCAAAUAUCGCAGCGCUUGAAACUGAAGCUGUAUGAUGUUUGUCUUGUAGAUGUUAGGAGUGCCAGUUUAUUCAUGGAGAUGCCAAAUCCAGCGUGGUUAUUGGCCAAGGCUGGAUUGCACUAAAACCAGAAUAUUGUAUCAGAGAGAGGCAGCUGGUUAGGAGUCAGAACAGAUUAUCAUAUGAGAGAGGAUGAGCGAGGAGAGGGGGAGGAGAGACAGACACACACAGACAGAGAGAGAGAAGUAGGAAGCAGGGGGCGCAAGCGAGGGGCACAGGAGGGAGAGAGGGAGAAAUGAUAGUGAGAAACUCAUCGCCCGGUCGCUGUGGGGUGGAGGGGAUCAUCCAAACCCUUCCGUCACUAUCUCCCCUUCCUCACCUGUCAAAAAGAGUGUGUGUGAGAGAGAGAGAGAGGGGCAUGCGAGUCCUCUGAGAGGUCACGGGAACAAGCUGAGGCUCCACUCAUCUUCUCUCUGUGUAGGGCCCACCGCUGCUUGCAGACAUCUGGCCUCACACUGAUCACUCAUAUCUACAGACAUGGGGGAGGAGAAGAAGCGUAGUGCUUCGAUCUUUGAGCCACAGAAAAAUUACAGAUCCCCUCUUAUCCAUCCUCUGCACUUCGUUUUUUCCCCAUUUGCUGCCUCUCUCUGUUGUUUCCUCGGCUCUUUCUCUCAUCCUCUCCUCUUUCAUCCCAGUCUAGUCUUUUAUCCCCUCUUUGACUUUUUUUUUCUUUUCUUCUCCUUGACAUUGCACCAUUUUUAAAAGCAGAAAACCAAGAGAGUUGAAGGGAGGGCAGAGCAAAAGCAUGAAAAACUGGUGUCUGCUAGAACUGGUUCUGACUUUAUCCUUGCACUAUAAAGAUAAGGCACAGAAGAUAGCGACAGUGUGCUGUGUCUAGCAAGCCGGUAUACAAGGCUCUGACUGCAAUCAGUGGGAAGAGGGCCAGCUUCCCUGCCUGAGCUCUCAGCGCCCCUACUGGCUGCAUGCUGUGCCAAUCAAAGGCUGGUGGGUGGGGAGCAGUCAGACAUGAACACUGAUGUCACAGUCACAUGGAUUCUGGUGUGGUCAUGCUCGGAGGCUGAGAGACAGAGCUGUGCUGGCCAGCUGCUGCUGAGACAGCAGUGGAGGGCUUUGCGCUGGUGAUAGUUGUUCUCUUAUGGACUCGAAGCUUAAUGAUGUAUUUUGUGAUUUCAGCUAUGAAAGCUCAAAUCGAAAUAAUUCCCUGCAAGAUCUGUGGAGACAAAUCAUCAGGCAUCCAUUACGGCGUGAUAACAUGUGAAGGCUGUAAGGGCUUCUUCAGGAGGAGUCAGCAGAGCAAUGCAGCCUACUCCUGCCCCCGUCAGAAGAACUGCCUGAUCGACCGCACCAGCCGCAACCGCUGCCAGCACUGCCGGCUGCAGAAGUGCCUGGCAGUGGGCAUGUCACGAGAUGCGGUGAAGUUUGGCCGCAUGUCGAAGAAGCAGAGAGACAGCCUGUAUGCCGAGGUCCAGAAGCACAGACUGCAGCAGCAGCAGCGUGACCACCAACAACAGCCUGGAGAGGCAGAGCCGCUCACACCUAGCUAUGGCCUCUCAGCCAAUGGCCUCACAGAGCUCCAUGACGACCUCAGCGGCUACAUGGAUGGUCACACCCCUGAUGGCAGCAAACCAGACUCGGCAGUCAGCAGCUUCUACCUGGACAUUCAGCCAUCUCCUGACCAGUCAGGCCUGGACAUCAACGGCAUCAAGCCGGAGCCCAUCUGCGAUUUUGCCCCCGGCUCUGGCUUCUUCCCUUACUGCUCCUUCACCAACGGAGAAACCUCCCCCACCGUGUCCAUGGCUGAACUAGAGCACCUGGCCCAGAACAUCUCCAAGUCACACAUGGAGACAUGUCAGUACCUGCGGGAGGAGCUGCAGCAGAUGACCUGGCAGGCCUUCCUGCAGGAGGAGGUGGAGAGCUACCAGAGCAAGCCCCGGGAAGUCAUGUGGCAGCUGUGUGCUAUCAAAAUAACAGAGGCCAUUCAGUAUGUGGUGGAGUUCGCCAAGCGCAUCGACGGCUUCAUGGAGCUGUGUCAGAAUGAUCAGAUAGUGCUGCUGAAAGCAGGCUCUUUGGAAGUUGUGUUUGUCAGAAUGUGCCGUGCCUUUGACUCGCAAAACAACACAGUAUAUUUUGAUGGAAAGUAUGCCGGACCUGAUGUGUUCAAGUCAUUAGGCUGUGACGACUUGAUCAGCUCCGUCUUCGAGUUUGGGAAAAACUUGUGUUCUAUGCACCUGUCUGAGGAUGAGAUCGCCCUGUUCUCCGCCUUUGUGUUGAUGUCUGCUGACCGGUCCUGGCUCCAGGAGAAGGUGAAGGUGGAGAAACUCCAGCAGAAGAUCCAACUGGCCCUCCAGCACGUCCUGCAGAAGAACCACAGAGAGGAUGGUAUACUUACAAAGUUGAUAUGCAAAGUGUCGACACUGCGAGCGCUGUGCAGUAGGCAUACAGAGAAGCUUACAGCUUUCAAAGCAAUAUACCCAGACAUUGUGCGUGCCCACUUCCCCCCCUUAUACAAGGAGCUGUUCGGAUCAGACUUUGAGCAGUCCAUGCCCGUUGACGGGUAGCAGCCCUGCCAGGUGCCAGUGUGCCCACCGUAGGGGAAUGUGGAGGAGGAAUCUGAGACACUUUAUUGGUGCCCUGCACAAACCAGAGCGGACAGAUGGCACGCUGUUCAACUUCUUCUUUUACAUCGGAGGGGAGGGCUUAGGGAGUUGAUUCUCAAGGUUUACUUUUUGAAUUUGGUUCUCUUUGGAAGACUUGUGGGACCCGACACCCCAUUGGGACAUGAAGAGGAGAUAGGGACAAACAAUCUCUGUCUGGUUGAACUUGACCGUCUUUUGCGCAUUUUUAACAUGGGACUCAUGAUUCCCCUUCCUUUCACUCAUGAAUUUUAACCAGUAUUUAUUGCAUCACUGCUAUUAUGAUUUAUCUGUGUGUCUGACUCUUAAUCGUAUAAAUUCAAAUAGCUGAGGACAUCUUCGGGUAGAAGAUUAAUCCACAUUGAUAUUACUUUUCAGGUUACUGUUCCAAAAAAGUUUUAGUGUUUUCAUAUUCAAAAUUUUAAAUGGUUGUAUCCCAAUCUGCGUCAUACACUAUGUCCAGAAAAUGAAAUAAAUAGCUGAUAAAUGCGCACAUUUUGGUCAAGUUCAGCCGUUUUCCUCUUGUGUUCAGUCGUAUCUUUUGGGUGCAGUUCCUGGAAUGAAAACUCACAGCGACUUCGAGGGAGGGUCUGUCGGCAUGGUGAUGCAAUCAGCACCUCCACCUCUCUAUGGACAAUCGUUGAAAAAAAGAAAAAAAAUGAAAAAAAGAAACAGAAUUCUGGUAAUUCUAAUGAAAACGCAAUGAUUUUAGCUGUCAAAGACUCCAUCCACCAUUGUUGCAUAGUGAAAUCAUGUAAGGCCAUCUGCUAUUAAUCCUUCUCUGGACAGGUGCCCUGGAGAAGCACAGGGCACCAACACAACGAAAAGGGUCCAUUCCACCUGUUUUAUAAUGUACUACAGGGUAUAUGGUCAUAAGUACUUACUAUACAGAAAAAAGUAAUGUUUAUAGAAUCUAUUUUAAAUAACAUGUAUGAUAUUGGUAGUUAGACCAUUCUUAAUUGUUGAAUUGAUAAGGCACUUUUAUUUACACCUUUCUUUAAUUUAAGACUUGUAUAUUUACCUAGUGAUGUGUUGCAUGUGCACAAGAAAUACAAGUUGAACCAUGGUCACGGAGGCUAGUCCUGGGAGCCGCAGAAGAUACUGGUCUGGAAGUGUAAGGGCUGUCUGUUAGGAUUGCUGGCGUGGCUGGUUGCUGGUUGGUGAAUGACAAAGAGGCACAGGUGAGAAGGCAAGUUACCUGUUACCUCAACAAGCGCCUGUCAAACGCCCGUCAAAACGUAGCUCUGAUACUCCUUUUAGCGGGUAUGCACACACACACACACACAGCAACAGCCGACAAACCUUUUAGUGAUGUGAUGAUCUUGCAACUUUCUUGGUCUGGAUUGAACAGUACUUGUUUAAACCUUUUUGGUCCAAAUAUUCGGCACUAAUCUUACUGUGAAAACUUUCACAUAUUAUGUAAAGACAGGCACGAGAAAACACAUAAAUCAAACAUUACCGCAGCCAGAGUUUACAAAUCAACACUGAAUAGCCUUGAGGUCAGAGACUGGAAAAAUCCCACAAAACUUUAAUCCAAUUGUUCCAUCUAGUGGAAGGUAAAGAUACAGCAAGCAAGUUAACAGCCCAAGCCUGACAAGGUCUUAUCUAAAAGCACAUUUCUGAACCUCUGUCAGAAUGUUUGGAGUGUUUUUGUUGCUGUUUUUGAGUGACUUUAUUUGCCUUCUCACCACAGCCUCAGCCCAGCAAUGCCACGACAGGACACAGAAGGAAACAGUGAAGGGAAAGUGAAUAUUCAAAGCCUUGUCUGGUCGUAAAGCUUCUAUUUUUGUAACAUGUUUUGGUUAACAAACUCAUGAAAGAGAAUGAGGGAGAGAAAAAGAUGUCAGGUAGCACUUAACUAUAUUCCCGCAAUAAUUAGACUAGCUGUUGUUUGUAUGAUUAGGGGAGAAACAUAAAAAUGGUAGGACAAGUGCUAUUUUCAGAAUGCUUUGUUGUUGUGUUCCUGUUUUGUUGAGUGUGUCUUUCUUGUCAGUGUGGUAGUAAAGUGGUAGAAAAAACCCUGGAUGUGCCAAACAGUAGUCGUUGCUUCCGCUUUUCCAGUCUACUUGUCUAACGUAGAAUGGAUUCCUAAGACAUUCCAGCAAUCUCAGUAGCGGCUUCUAGAAAUAUCUUUAAAAAAAAAAAAAAAAAAGAGCAAAAAAAGGAAAAAAAAAAAGAAAAAAGUGAUAUCCCUUUAGAAACCCAACAAAGCAUGUUAAUACAUCUGUCACCAACCGUAACACAGAAUCCAGUUGUUUGUCUUUCUUUUUUUGCACACUAUCAUUCCUCUGUCGUGCAAUUUGUACAAGGCAUUAAUGCCUUGUGCUGUCACCCCUCAGGGAAGAGUUUCUUUUGCGCUUUCUGUUUAGUGAGGACAUUUGUUUGUACCCAUUAAGGUUUAGUUUGUGUUAUUUUGUCAGGGAUGUUUCAUGAGAAGUGGUUGAGAUUAACAUUUGAAUAUUCGUCACGAGUGGUUCAGAAUAUUACGCUAUUGAUGUCCUUAAGGGGGCCUCCAGCCACUCGAAGACCACGGUCGAGUUCUAGAAAAUCUUGUUUGUAAAAAAUAAUAAAAAAAAAAACAAACAAAAAAAACCCAACCCACCACUUUUACAAACCACGGUUUUAUCACAGCAUAUUCCUGUCACACAGAACUCUGUUUUGGUUUCAAAUGGUGUCAUCAGGGUCUUUAAAAAAUGAUAACCCUCUUUGUUAGAAAAACCAAAUAUUCUUAUGCAAUACUAAUUCUGUUGUGUUUGGGUUGUAGUAGAUAUGCUGUACCUAAGUAAUAAUCUCUGUUAUGAUCCAAUGCUAUUUUGAUAUGCACAAGCCCUCUACGACUAGUAAACCUCAGUCUCCCAGCAAAAGAAAACCCAGUCUGGAACAACUGCUAGACAAUCCAGGUUGAGAGGCCCAGCGGCCCAGCAAGAGCAGCAAAGAGGAUGAGGUGUGAACGCUCAGGGAGGUAACAAGUAGACCGAAGAAGCAGCUCGCUUUCCUCUGGACAGCUGGUUAGCUCUUUCGUGAAUUUAUGAGGUCUUUAAAAUCUCUUCAAAGCACUCAUUUGAUAAGAGGAGGUGGAAUAGCACACUGAACAUGCAGUACAGCACUUACUGUUCAGAAAUCGCUUAAAAGAUGGAGAUUUGAGUGAUUUCCUGUUAUUUGUUUGCAAAAAAAAAGAAAAAAAAAUUUGGUUUGUUUCUUGAAAAUGAUUCAGUUUUCUCAAGCUGUUGUAAUAUUGCUUGAUGAUCACACAAAAGAAUUUUCUCAAAUAUGAUCAACCAGAACGGUUCUGCUUACACGAAGUGGAAAUUUGUUUUCAUCUCUAAAUGGCUGAGUGGCAUGUCAUGUGUUCUACAAUAUAAAACAAGAAAUAUGCCUUGUGUUGCAAAUACGGGUCUCUACAGCGCAGUCAUCGUCCUUUUGGACUGGAAUUUAUUCAUUCAGCUGAUUCAGACGGAUAAGGUUUACUCUCAGUCUCGAGCAGAAAAUAACGAAGCCCCAUCACUCUGUUUUCAUCCUCUUGUGUUUUAGUAUGGUUGACAGGAUAGCAGAACGUGGUCAUCAAACGCAUGGAUACUUGUGUCUAACUAUAAAGUGCGCCUUCACACAGGCCUGUAAGGUGAUGUCCUUCUGUAUAUGCUCACAUGAGAUAUCCCAAUUUAAGUACAGGAUUGAUGCUAAGUGUGCUAUUCAAUCAGUGUAUAGUGUUCAGUAAAAUGUGCUGGUCCUUC